CUCCCCCAGUCGCAUUUAUGUACCAGUGCUGCUCCUCUCUGCAUCUUUGAAAGGGACUGGAGUGCUGACUUUGUCACUUGAAAAACCUUAAGAGAAUGCGGUGCAUGUCCCAACCAAUCCUGAACCUGCCAGCAGACUAAGGAAGAAAGCGAUCUUUCAAUCUGAGAUGCUGCUUCAUGGUUUUUAGACAAGGAGAAAAGAAGACAAGAGAGCAAGGAAGAGGAGCAGAGGGCACUACAAAAUAGUAAAGUUACAUCUUGACCAAAAUUUUACUGAAGAUUAAAUGAGAGUUAUUUGCCUAAAUGAUGGCUAAUAUCCUGUAAUCAGCCUUCAGUUUUGAAGAAAGAAGAACCACACAAGAGGAGUGGUUCUAAAGUUCAUCAGAAGAUCACAUCAUGAAAUUUGUUUUUGUUAGCAAAUCUUCAGGACUCUAAAGAAGAGGUAAUAUCUUUCAGUUUGCAGAUGGAGGACAUUUGCAGCACUGCGUUAAGAUCUUGCAAAUCAAUUCUGCCUGAAAUUGCUGUUUGAUUUGUCCUUGUUUGUUAGAAUUCUUUGACAAGCAGUUUUGGGUGGUCUUAUUAGCACCUAACUGAUUGGGUGAUGUUUACAGCCAUUAAUGUUUUUCAGUGUAAUCACUACUGCUCAUGAUAAACUAAGUAAAACUUGAUUGUUCUUCUUUGGAGAGAGAAUUUUUUUUUACAAAUAGAGAAAUCAAUGAGCUAGUUGGAAUCUGAAAUGCAGGAAUGAUUGCAGCAUGCACAUGCUCCAGGCGUUUAUGGCUGGAAUCGUUGCAGAGACUCAUCUUGACUGGUUAAAGCUCCUGAGGAUACAGAAGAAGUGUGCUUAUGGAUCUGAGCACCGCGCAUGAUGAGCAUCUAUCCUUCCCGGGUGAGACAACUACUGCUCACCACACCUCUGCACCUCCUGCCCUGCCCUCCCACAGCCCAGUCCUGAAGCAGGGUCUUGCGGCUGGCUUUAAGAGAGUGUGUCGGACAGAGGAGGAUAGCCCGUGCCCGUUUCCAGGGCUGCUCCCAGGCGUGUUGGAGAUGCGAGUGAAAGAAGGAAGCAAGAUCCGCAACCUGAUGGGCUUCGCAAUGGCACGGAUGCAGUGCGAAGAAGGAAACAGCAAACAGGUCGGCCUGAGGCAGGUGGUGUUCACCGGUUCGGGCCGAGCAGUCACCAAAACCAUCACCUGUGUCGAGAUAAUGAAGAGGAAAGUGGGUGGACUCCACCAGCUGACUAAACUGCGCUAUAAAGGUGUUCGGGAGGUGUGGGAGAGUCAGGAAGGAGGCAGUGCCAAAAUGACCGUCCACAGGACUGUGCCAUCUAUCAGUAUCCUUCUCUCCAAGGACCCUUUGAACCCCCUUGAGCCAGGAUAUCAGCCCCCUGAGAUGCAGAGCACUCUCUGGGAAGAAAGACAAGAUAGUGAUGCAGUGUGUAGUGAUGCAGGAAAAAGGCAAUUUGACUACACUGUCAUACCAAGUGAAACACAGUCAAAAAGAUUCUGUCCUCAAGGUGGAAUCUCUAUAAAUUAAGCAUUCGGGCUAACGGGGAGAUCAGAACCACUUGCUGAAACUGCAAAGCUGUUGCAAAGAAAAUCUGAAGGUAGUUUGUUUGCACAUGUUAUUGUAAUAUCAUAUAUUGUGCUUUUACCUGAUCGAAAUGGUAUCUGUCGAGCCUUGAGAUGGACUGGAUGAGUUCAUCUGAUCACUUCUGUUACAGUGUAUGUCCGCUUGCAAAUCAUCAUAUAGUGCCACCACUUCUUUCUGCUCACUGCGAGUGGGCAUUUCCUUCAUGUUUCUGUGGAUUUGAUUAAUGUUAAAAGUCGUCUCUUUUAUAAUCAACUUCUGAAUACCCUUAUUUAAUUGGCACAAACUGUUUUGCAUUGAGUGCACUGUUGAACUCGUCACCACACCAUGAGUGGAUUUCACAAGGAAAAAAAUAAAAAAUAAUAAUAAUAAAGAUAAAUAAAUGAGUAGACUUAUAGGUGAGCUGUCACUAUUAUAACACUGUAAAUGCACCAACAUAACGACAGACAGAAAAUGAAUACUAUGUUAAAUGAAUAAAUGAAUAAUUUGUUGUUUCCAUGAAGACAAUAAAUUAUGAAG